GCCGGAGGUUAAGCCUGCGACGUGACGCAAGGAAGCGCGUGGUGACGUCAGACGCCACAUUCCGGGGAAACAAGAUGUCGCUGGCGAGCUUUUUACCGGCCCCGACACAGCUGACCCAGGACCAGCUGGAGGCGGAGGAUGGGCACCGCUCUCAGAGGCCCCCGUCCACCGCGCUGGUGUCCUCCCGCAGAGAGCCGCCGCCGUACGGCUACCGGAAAGGCUGGAUUCCCAGGACGCUGGAGGAUUUUGGAGAUGGCGGUGCUUUCCCUGAGAUCCAUGUGGCCCAGUACCCACUGGAAAUGGGCAGGAAGAAGAAGACCUCGAAUGCUCUGGCGCUGCAGGUGGAUGCGGAGGGAAAGGUCAAAUAUGAUGCCAUUGCAAGGCAAGGGCAGGGCAAGGAUAAGGUGAUAUACAGCAAGUUCACGGAUUUGCUUCCUAAGGAAGUUAUGAAUGAAGAUGACCCAGACCUGCAGAGGCCUGAUGAAGAAGCGGUUAGAGAGCUGACAGAGAAGACCAGGUCUGCCUUGGACAAGCAGGUAUCGCAGAAGAUCGCGGCAGCCAUGCCUGUGCGGGCAGCCGAUAAGCAAGCCCCUGCACAGUACAUCAGGUACACUCCAUCUCAGCAAGGAGUUGCAUUCAAUUCUGGAGCCAAGCAGCGUGUCAUCCGCAUGGUGGAAAUGCAGAAGGACCCCAUGGAGCCACCACGCUUUAAGAUUAACAAGAAGAUUCCACGCGGACCUCCAUCCCCACCUGCUCCCGUCAUGCAUUCUCCCAGCAGAAAGAUGACUGUAAAGGAGCAACAGGAGUGGAAGAUCCCACCAUGCAUUUCAAACUGGAAAAACGCAAAGGGUUACACGAUCCCUCUAGACAAGCGUCUGGCUGCCGAUGGCCGGGGUCUGCAGACAGUGCAUAUCAAUGAGAAUUUCGCCAAGCUUGCCGAGGCCCUCUACAUUGCAGACAGAAAGGCUCGUGAAGCAGUGGAGAUGCGUGCGCAGGUGGAAAGGAAGAUGGCUCAAAAGGAGAAAGAGAAAAAAGAGGAGAAGCUCAGAGAACUCGCUCAAAUGGCAAGAGAACGAAGAGCCGGCAUCAAAGGCCAUGGAGACAAAGGAGCAGAGGACGGAGAGGUUCGAGAACGUGAUGAAAUCCGUCACGACAGAAGGAAAGAGAGACAGCAUGAGCGGCUGAUCUCUAGAGCAGCUCCUGACAAGAGAUCGAAGCUGCAGAGAGACCAGGACAGGGAUAUCAGUGAAAUUAUUGCCCUAAAUCUGCCUAAUCCUCGUCCAUCCAGUGAGGCACAGUAUGACCAGCGUCUUUUCAACCAAAACAAGGGUAUGGACAGUGGAUUUAGUGGUGGUGAUGAUGAGGGGUACAACGUGUACGAUCAGCCCUUUAGAAAUGGUAGCACCAUGGCUCAAACUAUCUACAGGCCCAGUAAGAACACUGAAAAAGACAGCAUUAAUUUGGACACACUGAUCGAAAGUAACAGGUUUGUCCCAGAGAAGGAAUUCCCUGCGAGCGAGCACGGGCCUCGCAGGGAUGGCCCGGUUCAGUUCGAAGAGGAUCCUUUUGGUCUGGAUAAGUUCUUGGAAGAAGCCAAGCAGCACGGUGGCUCUAAACGCCCUUCAGCUAGUGGACGUUCAAAGGAUUAUGACCAUGAGAAAAAACGGAGAAAGGAAUGAUUCCAUUUUACUCGGUCUAGUAGAAUAGUUUUUGUUUUUGCUGUAGGUGUAAUAAAGCAAAGGCUUCUUUCAGAAGAAAUGCCGGCUGUUGACAUUUUAAGUGGUUUCUCGUGUUUUGUACUUUUUAAUGGCAAGAUUUGGCACUGUCCGUAUGGAAGUCCAAAAAAAGUGUUUAAUUGGCAAGAGCUUCCAUCCUGUCAGCUUUACGUUCAUGUAUUAGUUACAAUUCAGAAAGGGACCAGUAACCAACUGCCACAUUUUGGAAAAAAUGUUGGAAUAGUCUUCUCAAGUGUAGAAUUCCUGUAAGCCCGUGUAUAUCAGGUAUAAUUAUUUCUUUCUCUAUCACAAACUGUACAGUUACACAUGGAAUAAUUUUUUUCACUUGUGGGGAAACAAUGCCAAUGUAAACUUUAUUAAAAUUAUACAUUAGUAA